CGGCGCUGUCCCCUUUAAGGAAUUCGCCGGGUUGUUAGGUGGACGCCCUCGCACAAGUUGCACCGCCUUCUGGAAGGACCGCGGAGCAGAAGAGGGGCGCGAUGAACGACGAUGACUCGCAGUCGCUCUGAGGGGCACCGCCACUGACGGGAGUGCUGCAGCUUGAGACUGACUCAUACUGGCAGACUAUCCGAUAUCUCGAACGUUCAAUCGACUGAAUUUGAAAGAGGAUCCGAAUGGCCAAGGUGAUCAAAAUAUAGGUAGCUCCUUUCAGUGCACCUGUUCUGUAUUUUGGUGUGCUCACAAAAUGCCUGUUAAGAAGAAGAGAAAAUCUUCAGGAUCAGAAGACGCCAGCAUGAAAAAGUGUAGGAUAAACAGAGUACAGACACCAUCUAGAUUAAUAAGUGAUGACAGUUUUUCAAGCAAAAAGUGCCUAGCUUGGUUUUAUGAAUAUGCAGGGACGGAUGAGGUUGUUGGUCCUGAAGGAAUGGAAAAAUUUUGUGAAGAUAUAGGUGUGGAGCCUGAAAAUAUUAUCAUGUUAGUAUUGGCAUGGAAGCUGGAGGCUCAAAACAUGGGAUUUUUCACUAAAGAAGAAUGGUUAAAAGGAAUGACAUCAUUACAAUGUGACUGCACAGAGAGGCUACAGAGCAAGUUUGAUUAUUUGCGUUCACAACUCAAUGACCUAUCAGCUUUCAAACAAAUUUACAGAUAUGCCUUUGAUUUUGCUAGAGAUAAAGACCAGCGUAGCCUUGAUAUUGAUACUGCUAAGUCUAUGUUAGCUCUGCUCCUUGGAAGAACAUGGGCUCUGUUCUCUGCCUUCUACCAAUUUUUGGAGCAAUCAAAGUACAGGGUUAUGAAUAAAGAUCAGUGGUUCAAUGUAUUGGAAUUCAGCAGAACUGUACUUGCAGAUCUUAGCAACUAUGAUGAAGAUGGUGCAUGGCCUGUGCUGCUUGAUGAAUUUGUUGAGUGGCAGAAAGCAAGGCAAUCAUCAUAACAAAUUAGAGGAAAAGAGAAGUACCCAGGAGAGCAAUAAUGUUUUGCUAUCCAACCAAACUAUGUCUUUAAUUAUGAAAUGGAAAGUAUUUGUCAAAAGCCAUCUUUUAUGCUAGCUACAGAUUUUUCAGUGUUACAAGAGGGAAGAAGGUUUUCAAGUUGCAUCUAUAUUAGGCAUUUUAUUAUGUAUUCAUCAAAUAUGGCACCUGAUGUUAGGAUUUUGUCCAGUCUUGAAUCUUAAUGCUUUUGGCAAUAUCUGUUUAUAACUUCCUAAGUACUUUGAAGCACAUUUAAAAAUUAUAGGUUUCCAUUAAAAACAAAUGAUUUUUAUGUGUGACUGAGAGAUGCAAGGCCUUGAAGUGUAUGAAUGCGAUUUUUCAGUUAUUGGAAAGUGUAUACUAAUGUAUUGGAAAUCUGCCAUUCUGGUACCAUACCAAAAACUUACUGAACCUCAUCAUAUUUUAUUGUAACUAUAUAGCAUUUUUUCUGUGAUAUACUAUAUCAAUAGGUACUGGUGCUGUUCUAGGACUGUGAGCUCAGCGUUAAUGGUAAUGCCAGUAGCACCUCUGCGAGGCCAUGUAAAGGAGGAUUACAUGUGAUACAGAUGUAUGUUUAAACUUUUUUCAUUUACAUUGUCAAGGUAUCCACAGAUUUGCCUGUUUUCAAAAGCUUUAUUUAUUUUAUGUCCAUUUUUAAGAACAAAAUGGAAUGUGGUCGUAUAAAUCUGAAUUAAGUGGGGGGGGGCGGGAUUAUGUGAUUGGAACUGCGUAUAAUAGCCUUCAUUAUUUCAUGAGCAUGCAUGUGGUUUUGACUACAGUUUUUAGUAACAGCAGAUAUGUUACCACAGCUCUUAGUUGGCCCACUGUACUAAGUACAUUGUGAGACUAUACAGUAUCAAAUAUUUGUCUCCAGGAUAGAAAGCUGUAAAUUAGCUUGAACUAAGUACUCUUAUGCUAUUGCUUAGUAAAAGCUUUUGUAUGAAGGUGAUGCUGUGGGACCUUGAAUUUAAAAGAAAAUUCUUAUGCUCAUUAGCAUCCAAAAUAUGAAUUGUAAUUUUGACAGUGAAAUUUUGUGUAUACAAGGUAUGAUGUAAACACUUAAGAUUGAAACACUGAAGGAUAAUUGUGGUGAAUUCUUUUAUCUUUUUCCCUCAGUAUUUCAUAUUUGAGCAGAUUCUUAGCAAUUCCUGAAUUUACUUUGUGCAGAAGAUAUUUAGGCAAUUUAAUUAUUGGAACAGUAUGAUAAUUUCCAAAACACUAAAAGCUACUAAUUUACUGUUCUCUCAAAAGCCCACAAAGUUAGAUGCAGAGUGGUGUUUUGGGAUGCACUUUACACAGUUCUGUACAUCCUAGUGCCAGUUAAUAUUCAAAGUGUAUUUUUGAUGUUUUUUAAAAACAUUUUAAAAUUAUCAAAGUCUUACAGAUUUUUAACAAUGGGUUAACAGUGCAAAGGGCUCAAAACUCAAGAUUGCUCAAUUCUGAGUACUAAUUAUUUAAUAUAUAUUACUCAGUAAAUUGGUAAGAUCCUGUACUGCCUUCAUCCACCCACUUGCACAAGAUGAGCCAUUAUGCAUCCGAUCCCUGGAGCAAGAAUUUAACCUGUGGUCUAUUACACCACACACAAAUCAUCGUACCCAGUCUCUCUCAGUAGAAGUUAUUAACGUGAAGACAGCUUGUUAGUACAGAAUCAGUUACUUGAAAAGUUUACUUUUUAAACUGCUAAAUGAUUUAUUAUGAGGUUUGUUUGAAAUAAUGGGGCUAGUUCUUCCCUGUUGUAAAGUAACUAAUUUAAUGAAAUUUAGUCUCUGUAUGUAGUACAGUGGAUCUUUAAGCAAGCAUUUUUUUCAGAAAGAAAUCCUUACAGCUGAUAGGAUAAUUAUUCAAAAGUAUAUUUUAAAAAAACUGAUAUCAGAACUUCAGUUAAUGUUAUACGGCUGUUUUCUUAAAGUACAAAGGAUGGUUUUUAAAUAUAUUUUGUUUUUAAAAGUUGAUUUUUGUGAUGUUGCCAUAUAUUUUCACCCUCUGUUGAUGUUAUUUUAGAUAUCACUAGGAACUAGCACAUGAAUGUCAGCACUAGAAGUGUCAACAAGCUUCCCAUCAGACUUACUGCCAGGCUAAGAAAAUGAGUCUUUCGAUACAGAUGAUUUAUUGAGUUCUUCAGACUUGAGUGCCAUCAAUGAUGCCCAAAGUCAGAGAAUUCUUGAGAUGCCUUUUAGGGGUUGUCAUUUAUGUCACUGUAAAGCUUGCUGGCAGCUGGACAAAAGCUAUAUAGAUCUUGGUCUAGAUGAUGCACUAUAGUGCAAAAAUUACACUGUCAGCAUUCAUCUUUCAAAUUACUUUAUUAUUCAUUGAAAAUCACCUAAAUAAAGUGCCCAACCAAUUUCACUUUACAAUUCCAUUUAAAAUGACCCUGAAAAACAAUUUUAUGCUUUUACUUAACAUCCAGAAUUUCAAACUUUAAAUCUUAUAAUAGAGGGCAUCAUUACUCCAUUUUUCCAUUGCAUUUUUUUUGUUAAUCUGGCAUGAAAUCCAUCUUUCUGUGAAACUUUUUUAAGUGAGGUAAUUAAUUUAGAAAUACUCAGUUUAAUUGAAUCGCAUUUGUACCUAACUCCAUUAGUUUCAGGUAUGAGCAAGGUGGGAACACAUGAACAGUACAUUAUUCCUGAUGAAGGGUCUCAGCCUGAAAUGUUGACUGUUUAUUCCCCUUCAUAGAUGCUGCCUGACUUGCUAAGCUCCUCCAAUAUUUUAUGUAUUGCAUUGUUCCCUUUUAUGUUUUCCAUCAAAUGUAUUCAGUUGCCUUUUAAAAGAGAAAAUCUAACUCGUGCAAUGAGUUCUGGUCUCUAUGUAAUUGACUUCACUUGAGAAAAGUUAAUCAUAAAGUGUGAAAUGCUUAAGGAUAUCCAUGGAAUUUGCAGUCAGCUUUUUUUAAAUUUUCCUUUUUUCAUAAUUUAAAGGUCCCCAGACAGAGUUCCUAAGUCUAAGUUCCAAUAGUUUUAGAUUUAAAUCCAGCAUUUCAAUAUAGAAUCUAAUUUGUGCACAAGGACCUAAGAUAGCAAAAUAUACCAUGGGGUUUAGAUAGAGGGGUAAUUCGUCCAUCUUGUCCAUGAAAUACCCUGAUCUCUGAGAAACUCUGUUGCAGUGUUUAGAAAGGAUAUGAAUAGGAAUAGAUUGAAGAAACUUGCAGGUUGUGUAAGUUAAUGUACUUCAUAGCAUUUCUUUUAAAGGGGAAUACUGUAGGUGAAACCUAUAGUUCAGUGUACUUUCAAUAAUUUUAAAAUAUGCUGCUGAAUAUAUAAUUGCAUUUUUAAUUUGUCAUUUUCCAACAAGUGUAUUUUAAUCCCUCAGUUCUCUCUAUCUGAAGCAAAUAAAUAUUGUGGAGUGUGAAAGGGAUUACUAUGCAUGUAAGCUGUGCUAAAAGAAUAGAGAAUCUAGUAUUGUUAACAAUUUAACCCAGUUUAUGACUUCACAAAAUAUAAAAUGUCAAAUUUGCAUUAUUGGUGUGAUCCUACAAAAGGAGCACAACUUUCUUUUCCUGAUUUCACUGUUCCUAUUCGGUGGUAUCCACUCACGGUUUCCUUUGGAUCGGAACUACGUUUGUAUAUUUUUGCAUUGCCUAAUCACAAACCUAUUUAAAUUGAAUGAUAAACUUUAUAAAGAGGUUCAUAAUGGAAUAUAAAAUGACUUUGCAUGUUUUCAUAUUUAAAGAUAUUGGAGAAAAAGACCUAUUGCAAUGCAACUUAAAACAGAAUUACUGACACGCCAAGGACUGUGAACUCUGGCAUUUUAGUUGUAUAAUAAUAAAAAAAAAGGAACAGUGUU